AUGUUAGGCCCGGACCUAACACAAUCCUUUUUAAACGAGGAUGAACUUGAAGAGCAAAGCGGUCUAUCUGUCUCGAGUCAGGGUAAACUCCGAGCUCACAAUAGUUUGCAGUCGGCGAGAAGAGGCCACAAGAAUCGAAUACGGCGAGACCGAGCAUCUGGACAGAGACCUGUUGGUCCAGAUCAAGCUACGAUUUCCAGGGGCUUUGCAAGAUCAGGCUCAGCCUCUUACGCCACUCAGCCAAGGUUGUCCUUGGAGACAACACCGAAGACGCUAGAUUCCGAACUCACUACGCCCACCGGCGUCAUUCCCUGUACACCCCUCGUCUUGGCGGCAAGGCCGGAAGGCGGCGACCCGGAUGACAAGAAACACCAGGCUACGAACUCGCCAGUCACUAUCGUUGUGAGCAUUAUGGCACUCGGCGCGCCUACGACCGAUGCACCGACAGCUGGAUCCUGCUCCAAGCUUGAAAUCAAGAUUCAGCAAGGUCCAACGAAUGAGAUAAAACUAGAAGGAUGGGGCUGGGUUGUGACUAGUACUAAUGUGGCGCAUGAAUGUCGAUGUUCGACCGGGGACCAGCAGUGA